AUGGUUCAAGCAACGGGCGAAGAGCGCGCUGCACACCUGGCACGGGAGGCUGUUGAGCUGGUUGAUGCUGGUCACCGCGAGGCAGCAUCACGGAACCUACGCGAAGCAGUCUCUAUCGCCCCCGAAAACCCCGACGUGAAAGCAGCGUUCCUCAAAAUUCAACAAGAGGAAGAAAAUUGCCACCAACUACUGGAACUCUGCCGACGUUACGCAACCCACAAAGAUGAGUCCGCCGGAAAGGAAGCCGCCGCUUAUCUUCGCACAGAUGGCUUGAAGCCCCCGGAGAAUGUCGCACUGGAAUCACUGAAGCUGCUGCUGGGGCAGCGGGCUUAUGCUUUCUCGGAGAUUCAAGACGAUAUUAUCUCCGGACUGGUCCGACACAACACCAGUGUUCGCCAGUAUUUUUCAAACGAGUUGCAGAUUUCUGUGACGACCUUCUUCGAUGAGAUCUAUGACCGAGGCGAUGGAGCGGCGGUAUGUCUUGACACCGUGGUGUUAGACCCGAGCGUGUGGCCCUCGGAGGAGACACGGUUGCACUGCGAGAGCGAACUAUUCCAACUCUUCCUGGCGAAGCUAAUGGAAUCUGGCCACGAUCUGGAUGGUCGCUCGCUGAAGGGUAUCGCGCGGCUGCUUGUAGUCGACGCCGACCGACUUCAACACUUGGUGGAUGACGAGGAAUUUGAGGUCAUUUUGACCUCGCUCGAUAAUCGACUGCCACUUGAAUUGCGCAGCCAGGCCACGCUGGCCACCGCGAAGUACCUGGAAGUUGCCAAGGACAAGGGCGAAAAGCAAUUCUCAACCCUCAUCGGAGCUAUGUUAGCGAAGGGUCGUCUUGAUGACUUCAUUAUUGCAUUCUCCGCUGUUACUGCGGUUUUCCCCGUAGCUCCCACUGCUGCGGCUAAUGUCUUCCUGUCGGAAGAUUUCAUGAAACUGCUUAGCCCAUUGGCAUCGCGGGAUGCAAAGCGCAAGAAAGUGGAAAUUGCCGUGCUGGACCUAUUGAAUGCAGCAUGUAUCAAUCGUCCAUGCCGUGAAGCAAUUUCCAAGAACUUUUCCGAAUGGCUAUCGCACACCCUCACCAACGGUAGUGACGAGGGAUCGGAAUUGGCGGCUGUGGUUCUCGCGAAGAUUCGAGCCUCAGAGACAACUCAGCCCUCUGCUGAAAAUGGUAAGCCCCAGGUGGAAGAUAGCGGGGUUUCUGAUCUGGUUCAACGAUUUAAGGGACUGAUGUCUGAAUCCAAGCCUGCGAACACUUCCCACGCCAUUGAGGGCUUGGCUUACUCGUCCGUGAAGCCCUCGGUCAAAGACCAAUUAGCUCGAGACUCCUCCUUCCUGCGCGACUUGAUCACGAUUUUGAAAAAGCACACCACAGACUCCUCCGUACUGUACGGUGGAUUGAUGAUUUUCUUGAACCUCACCAAAUUCCUUCCCAAUCUUUCCGAAGAGCAGAAAAAGAUGGGUCAACUGAAGGACUACGCAGACGCUUCUGGCGGUAAGGCUCGGGCUGGCCCGGACCCCCGUGAGGAGGAAGAGGCGGUCCUCGUCCGCUGCGGCUUUGUCAUUGAUGCGGGGAUCAUGUCUCUUUUGGUCGAGUGUGGCCGCCUUGCUAUGCCAUCAAUCCAUGACCUCACAGCUCAAAUUCUAUUGGCAUUGGCCCGGCACCGAAAGUCACGAGGCCUUUUGGCCCAGCAAGGUGCAGUCAAACUCUUACUUGGGCUGGCCAUUCCGAAGCAGGGCAACUCGAUUGUAGUCACUGUGACAACGAAAAACGCCUCUCACGCCCUCGCUGGGAUUCUAGUCUCUGUUGACCCUUCGCUUGUGUUCCCAUCUUCCGGUUUCCCUCAAGUCACAUCUGCUGUGCGUCCUUUGCUAUCCCUUCUCACGUCGUCCGAGACGACAUCUAUCUCUGCCGACCAGCCCCGUGAUCUGCUCCCAGUAUUCGAGGGCCUGCUUGCCCUGACGAACCUUGCUUCUUAUCCGCAUGAUGAGACGCCCGCCGAUCUUAUCGUCCGAGAAGGUUGGUCCGCCGUGGAAGAUCUUCUCCUGUCCAGCAAUUCUCUCGUGCAGCGGGCUGCUUGCGAGUUGGUCUGCAAUCUGAUGACCAUCGAAUCCGGCAUUGUCAAAUUUGCCGACGGUUCACAGCGUGCUGCCCAGCGGCUCCACAUCAUUCUGGCACUUACUGAUUCAGAUGAUUUCGCGACGCGGCGCGCGGCUGGCGGAGCGAUUGCCAUGCUGACGGAGUACGAUGCAGCCAUUGCGGCGGUGUUGGAGCGACCGCGCGGGGUAGAAUUGCUUCUGGGUUUGUGUCAAGAAGACGACGAUGGUCUCCUCCACCGAGGAGCGGUGUGCGUGCACAAUCUGACUUGCGCCACCGGUGACAUUGGGGCACGUGCCAAGGAGGCUGUCCGCGCCGCGGGGGGCAUUGACAUAUUGACUGUCCUCAUCAAGAAAUCAUCCAAUUCAGCCGUGCUACAGUCCGCCGUGGAGGCAUUGAAGCCACUGGUUCAGCAGUAA